GACUAGUUUUUACUGUACAAAAAAUUGAGUUUUUGUAUGCCUUUUUUAAUGUCUUUGAGCUUCACCCAAAUAGUACAUUUCUAUUAUUUAUCUAAUUUUAUGUCACCGGUGGAGGAUCUCAUCCAAUCACAGACAUUUAUAUUGAGAAAGAAAUACACCAGCCAAUGAAUAGCAGUCACCAAAAUGGAGGGGUUACCUAUAAAUACACCACCCUUGAGAAGGAGCCAUUAUUCGAAACCUGCCAGAUUUCCAAUAUUCAAAUUCAUUCAUAGUCAGUUCAUAGUUCAUCACCAGUAACUAUGUUGCGUAUUGCUAUCAUCUUGGCUGUGGCCUUUGCCUUAACAUCAGAACCAAGAGGAAGUGAUGCCCUCAUACAGUGUCCUCUUCUGUGGACAAUAUUCCAGAAUCACUGCUACAGGUUGUUUUAUUCUGGUAGUAGUCUCUCACAAGUUGAAGCUGAAGCAGAAUGCAACGAGUUUUCCUCGACAUCUGGAUCAAUUGCCCAUCUUCCAUCUGCAAGCACCCCUGCCGAAUAUAACUUUCUGCAAGUAUGGCUUGACGGAAUCAUCGAUAGACUGGAUAGCAAUCCUGUUAUAAUUGGACUAUAUUCUGAUUGGAUGAAUAUGUAUUUUGGAUACGACUUCGAGAAGCUAAAUCCCGAUUAUUACUACAUGCCCACAGGAACAGGCUCACUCACACAUUAUGUACUUAAACAUCAACGAAUUGAAAAAGGAGGCAAACAACAUAAUUAUGUAUGCAAAAUGCACACAACAACCAACACAAAUUUCAACGGGCAAUACUUUGAAACUGAAGAACCCGAGAUGGAUCCGACCCCGCCUCCCCCGACCACGCCUCCCCCGAACACUUCCCUGGCCCCUUCCCAAUAAUUGUCACACGUAUAGGCUAAAAUAAAUUCAUAUUGAAAUAAUUGAACUUUAAAUCAUAAAAAGAGAACCAGACAAAAUGUGUUCUAAUCCUAAUACUUAUUUUAUGCAUACUCAUACGUGUACUGAAUUUUUGUACUUUUUAGUAAUUUAAUUUUGUCUUCGACUUUAAGGAAACUGGACUAUUUUGAAAAGAAGUACUGUGUUACUAAAAAUUCUAUCCAGUCAAACGAAAGAAUAAAUAAAUAAAUAAAUAACUGUAUUUGUUUAGGCAGAUAAGAUACUCUCAAUGGCAUUGGCAGCAGUGGGGGAACCAGAGACUCCACAAAAAAGGGCACAAGAUUCUGAUGGGGGACUCUACCCACGACAGCUCUACCCUGGAGGGAGCAAAUUUUAAAUAUAGCCAUCUGUAGAUGCUUAGACACAACACUGUAAAAAUACUUUUUCCAAGCAAUGUUACUUGACGAAUUAAUCAGCUUCUGCCUUCCUCGACAGGGGCCCGCCCAGCUUUCACAAUUGAGGUUCCUGUGCCCCACUGGCAUUGCCACUGAUAAGUAGUUAGCAAAUAAAGUUAAUAGAAUAGAAAUGUAUAGUAUGAGGUGGGUUGUAACAUUACUAACAACAAUACAAUCAAAGCGAGGCAGAAAACAGUUUUUGGCUUGGUGAUUCUUGAAUAUCUAAACCUGUGGGAAUAAGAGUGGUUACUGCCCUUUGUGUCUUUAAGGAAAGUCAUCACAAUAAUUGGAAGCUGUUUCGUGCAGGGGGGGGGGGAACAUUUUGGUUUUCAAACUUUGAGGUCUAUCCCUUGCUGAGCAUUUUUGCUUGCGUCCUUCGGCACUUUAUCUGUAUUGCUCCCCUUCACCCAGCAGUAUAAAUGGGUACCUGGUGGGGUUUCCUGCUACUGCGCCAAUAUGACAAGUGCGCAACCGUGCGGGUGGUGGUCAGAGGCUUUGACCUUUAACCUGGAGGCAUUUUUUUUUUUGCACAUCACAAUUCAAUGCAUAUAGUAUUUUGGCUUGCUCCAAAAUGUACUACAGUUUCGCUAUAAUAGUGUAAAGAUAACAUUUGGCCCUGGAGCCAUUUGAUCAAGGUAAUUUUCUUUGUUGGAGGCACGAAAGUUUUUUCCAGGCCUGGUGGACCCAAUGACUUCAGUGUCUUAAAAAAUCUAUCUGUACAACAUACCGAAUUCCUUUUUUCCUUCAAAGCAUGGCUUUAAAAUAUCAUAUAUUUAUUAAACUGGAUAAAUCAAGAAUUGAAAUUGUAAACAAUGGCGCAAGCUGAACACUAAACACAGCUUAAUCAUGAAUGAUGUUAUGAUGCUAGAAAAUAUAGAUAAUGAAUGCUAAAAAAUGCUAAGUAUAUACAUCAUAUAUAUUCAUAUAUUUAAUUUUUAUGUUUUAUGGGGAAAAUGUUUAUUAAUACUUUAAUAGAAUAAAUAAUGGCUAAAAAAUAUAAAGAAAUGAAUGCUAGAAAAUGCUAAGUAUAUACUUGACUACAUAUAUGAAUUAAGUAUAAUUAUGUAUAAGCUUAUAUACACAUAUUCCAGAAUAGUAUAUUUUACAACUAAAAAUCUGUUACAAAAUAUUGAUUUGAGAAUAAAAACAUUUAUGGUGCAAGGCAGCAAAUAUGUUUUAUUUUAUUCACAGUGUUUGAAAGAGCAACAGUUUGGUCACAAAGACAAGAACAUUAUUCAGAUAAACUAGAAAGGGAAUUUGUUUAGUGUAUAAAGGUACCAUAUACCCACACUUUUUUUUAGCAAUUAUUAUGUGAGGCUUUGGUCUUUAAGCACGAGAGAGGACUUGAAUGCGCAAGUCUCAUUCCAAAUGCAUAAGAAUUGGUAGGUCUGCGGUUAAUCUGAUAACCUGAGCAUUUUACUACUUUACCCAGGUGGAAAUUGCUGACCUUCCUAUGGGGCCAGAUUGACCUUGCUGCAUAUAAAGGUUACAUCAUCCUACUUGCAGUGAAACAGUAAAUCUUGAACGUAUCCAUAAAGUAUGUUCACACAAAACAUAUCCAAAAAUCUAUUACUAUUUAUAGUUGAACAAACUCUCAACAAAGAAAAUUUUCCAUACUGAUCUUUCAAUUGCUUUAGAAAGAUGUUUUCAAAGAAGUAUUCUUGCAAUCUAAUGUACUAUGACAUGAUGCACGGAACCAUUAGC